AUGAAGCCAGUAAAGCAUGUGUUGGCAGCUAAUAAUAAAUUGGCAAGUGUUCCAGAAUUAACUUAUAAAAAAGGACUACGUAAUUCACCAUUGUCACCUAAACCCAAGGAAAAACAUAGUGCAAAAUUAGUACGUGAUAAACUUGAACCAAUGGUCUUAAGAUCUCCACCAACAGGAGAAUCCAUUGUAAGAUAUGCUUUGCCCAUACCGUCAAGUAAGACAAAGGACUUAAUAGGAGAAGAAGAAUCAAUCAGGAAAAUUACCAAACAUCUGAAGAUGGUUGUUUCUUCUUUGGAAGAAACCUAUGGAUUUAGCAAUCAAAAUGGAGAAAAACCAGUUGUGAAGCCUGAACAUGAAGAAUUAACUUUAUCUGUUGGGGAUGAUCUGAGUUCAUUCUUGAUAUGUUGUUCACAAUUUGCAGCUCAGUUAGAGGAAGCAGUUAAGGAGGAACGUAAUAUUUUGGAAUCUCUUUUUAAGUGGAUUCAGCGACAGGUCAAUCAGAUGGAAGAGAUAAGUAAAGAUCAAACUUUUUCAGAAGCAGAGUUUCCUGUACCUGACAAAACAGUCACUUUAAACAUUGCACAAGUAGUAAAGCAGGUACAAAAACUUGAAGAACUGAAAGAUCGCCUUAAACAACAGUCUAAAUACUCCUUGAAAGCCAUGUUGUCUAUACCCAAGGGUAUUGAAAAGCCAUCAGAAGCAGUACAAAAUCAUGAAACUGUACAGCAGAAAAUUGAAGAAUUCAUAAAAACUCACUCAACUGAAGAAUUUAUAGAUGUUUCUGCAGCUGAGCCACAAACUUCUUAUUCACUGCCUAAUCAAUUUAAUGUCAUGUUGAAAAUAUUUGAAAAACAGUCAAAUACAUUGGAGAGAGCUAUGAAUGAUCAACGUUUGUUAGAGGCUAAAUACAAACAGAUGCAAAGGGAUUUCCAAGUGUUAUCAGAGGAGAAAUUGGUGCUGGAAAAUAAACUACAAAAGUUGAAGGAUACAGAGAAAAUAAAGCCUACAUAUGAUCGAACAAGGAAAACUAUAAAAAUGGAGAAGAAAAAAGACAGAGGAAAAUCUGAGGAUUCAGAAGAGAAGGAGUCUCCAGUCCAAGAGCUUAAAAUAGAAGAGGAUUUGCUUCAAGUCCAGAAAGUAGCAUAUGCUCUGGAAACUGAGAACAAAAUCCUUCAGGAACAACUGAAACAAGCUUUACAGGAAGCAGAAACAGCUAAGCAUCAACUGGACUAUUUCCUAAAUCAAGGGAAGGAGUUACUUAAAAGUGAGGAGAAGACCAAGACAACAAUGGAAAUGGAUAAUAGUAAAAUAAAAGUUAAAGGUGAAGAUUCAGAAUAUAUACCGUUGGAGAAAGAAACAAGAAAAGCACUAGUUUCAGAUUCAGGUAGACGAAAGACAGAUGAUAAAAUCCAAGAACAUCAACGGAUCUCAGUUGUCCAAAAUGGAAGCCCAAUUGGAAAAAGCUCAGAGAAGAAAAGGGCUAGCCCUGCUAUUUCAGAUCUUUCACAGAUCCUCAAGUCUCAAGAUGGAUCAGCUUUUUUAAAGAGUUCAAAUGAAGUUUUUGCUGAUGAAAACGUAUCCCAUAUACUUCCAUCAAAGACCCAUGAUAAAUCAUUUUCAAGAGUAUUAUCUAGCAGAGAAACUCAAGAUUCACUGUCUGCCAGAACAUCGAGCAAAGAAAUUCAAGAUUCACUGUCUGCUGGAACAUUGAGCAAAGAAAUUCAAGAUUUACUGUCUGCCAGGACAUCACUUCAAGGGAAUGCAACAGUGACAGCAUCAUUAAUUUCACCCCCUGUUGUUAUUAAAAGAAAAUCAAUGGGUAGUGAUAUCUCAAAGGCCAAUGUUUUAGAAGAGAAAUUACAAAGUAAGAUCGAAAAACACACUUACCAAGAAGCAAGAGAAUUUCAAGCUCAGGAUAGAGUAUCAGAUGAAAGUCUUAUGCUUGAGAAUGAAGCAGUGUCAGACACCGACAUGCAAAUGUUGCAACUAAGAACUUCUAGGGUAAAUAGACGCAAUGCAUUUCUUCUAACUCAGCAAAAGGAUAUGGUAUCUGUUGAAAAUCAAUUGCCUGAGGACAUAGCUCUAGUUUUCAGAAGCCAAUCUCAAACUAAGAAUUUUGAAGCUACCAGAAAUGAGAGUUUUGAUACUCUUGAUGAAGUACCAGAUAAAAAGCUUAUGCUUGAGCAUCAAGAUUCAGUGUCAAAAACCCAAAUGCACAUAAAGAAGCAAAGAACUCCCACAAGGGAAAGACUCGUUACUCAUGAUAAAGUGCCACAUGAAAAACUUAUGCAGGAGAAUCAAGGUGCAGUGUCAACAACCCAACUGCAAGUAAAGAAACAAAGAACUCUCAGAAGGGAAGGACUCACUACUCAGGAUAAAGUACCAGAUGAAAAUCGUAUGCUUGAGCAUCAGGACUCAAUAUCAAUAUCAGAAACUCAAAUGAGGAAACAAAGAACUCACAAAAGGGAAAGUCUUACUACUCAUGAUGACGUACCACACAGAAAUCUUAUGCUUAAGCAUCAAGAUUCAGUGUCAAAACUCCAAAUGCAAGUACAGAAACAAAUGGCUUCCAGAGGGGAAGAACACAAUACUCUUGAUAAAGUACCAGAUGAAACUCGUAUGCUCAAACUUCAAGAUUCAGUGUCAAAAACCCAAGUGCAAUUAAAUAAAUAAAAAACUUCCAUAGGGGAAAGACUCAAUACUCAUUUUGGAGUACUAAAUGAAAAUCUUAUGCUUGUAAAUCAAGAUUCAGUGUCAAAAUCCCAAAUGCAAGUAGAGAAACAAAUAACUUCCAGAAGGGAAAGGCGCCCUACUUAUGUGGGAGAACCAGAAGGGAAUCUUAUAUUUGUGAAUCAAGAUUCAGUGUCAAAACCCCAAAUGCAAGUAAAGAAACUUUCCAGAGAGGAAAGACGCAAUACAUUUCCUCUUGAAAACCAGAAAAAUGAUACGAUAUCAGUUGAAAAUCUGUUUCCUGAGGAGAAAGUUUUAUUUUUGAGAAACCAAUCUCAAACUAAGAAACUUGGAGCUACCAGAAAGAAGAAUCUCGAAACAGAAAACGUAUUAGAUGAAAAUCCUUUACCAGAGGAUAAAGUUGCAUUGUCAAAAAGCCAAUCUCAAACUAAGAAACUUGGAGCUGUCAAAAUGGAAACACUAAGUAAUCAAGGCAUGGAUGAACUCUCAGAUGGGAACUUCACAAUUAAAGAUCUAGAACUAGCUGCAGGAUGUAAGGAUCAAAUUCAAACAAAUGGGGUUUACCAAUCUCAAAGAUUAAGAGUUAAAAAUGAAGGAGCUUCAGAACUUCCAGAUACUUCAGAAAAUCUUCCAGCAAUGAAUCCAUCAAUUAGCAACCUAAUAUUUCAAUUAGAUUUAAACAAAGUGGUAGAGACUGAUGUGGAACACUUGAAAGAUACUAUUGGAAGACGUAUGUUAAUGAGAGAAAUGAAGCUACAACCAAAGAGUCUCCCUGAGACUGAUACAGAACACUUCCCAGAUAUUAUUGGAAGAGGUAUAAUAAAGGGAGAAAUCAAGACACAAUCAAAGAGUCGUUCUGGGACUAAUGUAGAACACUCAACAGAUAGAAUUGGAAGAGGAGUAACAAAGAGACAACUCAAGACACAAUCAAUGAAUCUCCCUGGUAAGAACAAGAAUUUUACAAAUGACUGUGUUAACAGGGGUAUAAUGCUAAAUGAAAUAAGUCCGAGGGAGAAAGUUCAUAUGGAAACUGAUACAAAACGCUUGACAGAUACUGAUGGAAGAGAAAAAAUAAUUGGUGAAAUCAAGACACAAUUUAAGGGUCAUACUGGUGUGAAUUUAUUUAAAAUCAAAGACAUGUCCACACAACAUCAAGAUUUUUUUACCAGCUACAUUGGACCAAGUAGAUUCUCAACAAAUGUAAUUAAUUUUUCACCCUUUGACAAUCAAGGUAUGAAUUUAUUGAAAAACAAAAAUGUAUUCUCACAUCACCAAGAAAAUUUCUCUACCAGGCACGUCACAGCAAAUAAAUUCCCAACAAAAGUGAUCAAUUUAUCACCCUUUGGCAAUCAAGAGGAAACUUAUAAGGACUUUUCACCCCAUGUGACUGAAACUUCAAAAGCACUUCACAGAUCACCUAGGGCUGAGUCAAGCAUUUAUAAAACCAUCCAGUUUCCUUCACUGGAUAAAGAACCUUCAGGGCAUCCAAAAAAUUCAAACAUAAACAAAAAAAAUGUUAAAUUUAAAAAUACGCCUGCUGUGACCUCUACAGUUAGAAAACUUAUCUAUAAAGAUAUUGCCAAAUUACUUUCCAAGUGA